AUGGCUCAACACACUGUGAACAACAUGGACUUGUCCCAAUAUCCAAAAGUCGACCUUGCCUUCAUUGGUGGCACUGGUCUCUCCAAAGUUGAAGGUCUUUCUCACAUUCAAACCGUAGAACCAUUCGAAACUCCUUUCGGAAAACCUUCCUCUCCUAUUGUGAUUGGUCAUAUUAACAAUUUAUGUGUUGCUUUUUUAGCUCGACAUGGUCUCUCUCAUUCCAUUCAACCCACGGAUGUUCCCUAUCGUGCCAAUAUCUAUGCUUUGAAAAUGUUAGGUGCUUCCUAUUUGGUUUCUUUCGGAGCUGUUGGUUCUCUUCAGGAAGAAUUGGCUCCUAAACACUUUGUUGUGGUGGAUCAAUUCAUUGACCGUACGAAAUUCCGUCAAUCUGAAAAUACUUUCUAUGAUAGUGAAGGAUUGGUGGCUCAUGUUUCUUUUGGAGAACCAACAUGUAAGGAAUUGAGUCAAUUAGUGUUACAAAGUUGUCAACAAAUUUCGGAAAUUCCUCGUGUUCACUCGAGUGGUACCUACGUGUGCAUGGAAGGACCAUGUUUCUCAUCACGUGCUGAAAGUAAAAUGUAUCGAAUGUGGGGUGGAAGUAUCAUUGGAAUGACUUGUUUGCAAGAGGCUAAAUUAGCUCGUGAAGCAGAAAUGGCUUUUGCUUGUGUGGCCAUGGUUACCGAUUAUGAUGCUUGGAAAGAUGAUGCCGAACCAGUGACUGUUGAAGAAGUGGUCAAGAUUUUACAUGAUAAUGGAGAUAAUGGACGUCGAGUGAUUCAACAUGUGGCUGCGAAUUUUAACAAGUUUGAAUCAUCGGCUCAUUCUGCAAUGAAGUAUUCCUUGUUGAAGCCAGCAAGUAGUUUGAGUGAUGAUUUGAAGAAGAAGUAUCAUGCUAUUUUGCACAAGUAUUAUUAA